AUGAGCGAGUUUCAAUUACCAGAGGAUACUGCGGAGGAUCGCGUGUUGGCGGCCACCGAGUUUUUAGAUCCUACCGAUACCCGUGCUCGAAGUUACCGCGCGGAUAUCGUGUUGAUGCUCAAUAGGGGUUUUCGAAGAUUGACAGUCAGCAUCGAUGAGAUACGAUCGCACAAUCGAGACCUUGCACAAGGUCUCCUUAUGUCCCCGUUUGAAUACACGGAAGCAUUCAACAAAGCCCUGAAGAAUGUCAUCAAGACUCUUCCCAACCGGCCAGCACGGGAGACAGCCGAAGAUGUGAUGUAUUACUGCGCAUUCAUUGGCGCUUUUGGUGAAAACGCUUGCAAUCCCCGAACGCUUAGUUCCUCCCACCUCAAUCGCAUGAUAUCUUUCGAAGGUAUCGUCACAAAAUGCUCUCUCGUUCGACCGAAAAUCAUUCAGAGUGUUCACUAUAGCGAAAAGAAGAACAAAUUCUUUGCGAGAAAAUAUAGGGAUCAGACUAUGACAGCUAGUGGGGCCACAAGCUUGAACGUGUAUCCUCAAGAGGAUGAUGAGAAAAAUCCUCUCACUCUCGAGGACGGCUAUUGUACGUUCAUGGACCAUCAGACUAUUUCGAUCCAAGAAAUGCCCGAGAGAGCACCCGCUGGUCAAUUGCCCCGAGGAGUGGAUGUCAUCUUAGAUGAUGACUUGGUCGACCGCGCAAAACCUGGUGAUCGUAUCCAGUUGGUAGGAAUCUUCCGCUCUUUGGGAAACAGAGGCGCAGGAUCGGGUUCCUCGAUAUUUCGAACAGUCGUUCUUGCGAACAACAUUAUUCAACUAUCUUCAAAGUCUGGCGGCGGAAUCGCACAAGCUACCCUUACAGAUACCGAUAUCCGUAAUAUCAACAAGUGGGCGAAAAGCAAGAAGACCAAAAUUUUCAAUAUGUUGGCCCAAUCACUGGCUCCCUCUAUCUACGGGCACGAAUAUAUCAAGAAGGCCGUCUUGCUCAUGCUUUUGGGUGGUAUUGAGAAGAAUUUGGACAACGGCACCCAUCUUCGUGGUGACAUUAACAUUUUAAUGGUCGGCGAUCCAUCCACCGCCAAAUCACAAAUGCUACGUUUCGUCCUAAACACUGCGCCACUAGCAAUUGCCACUACUGGUCGAGGUUCAUCAGGUGUCGGUCUUACUGCAGCUGUGACCACUGACAAAGAGACUGGUGAACGAAGGCUUGAGGCCGGUGCUAUGGUUCUUGGCGAUCGCGGUGUUGUCUGUAUCGAUGAAUUCGACAAGAUGAGUGACGUUGACCGUGUUGCAAUCCACGAAGUCAUGGAACAGCAGACUGUCACAAUUGCUAAGGCAGGUAUUCACACGUCGUUGAACGCUAGAUGCAGUGUUAUUGCAGCUGCGAACCCAAUCUACGGCCAAUACGAUCCUCAUAAAGACCCUCACAAAAAUAUCGCUCUACCCGAUUCGCUGCUCUCUCGUUUUGAUUUACUAUUCAUUGUCACGGAUGACCCAGAAGACAAAGGUGACAGACUGGUUUCGGAACACGUACUGCGUCGACAUCGCUAUCGCCAGCCAGGUGCAGAAGAGGGUGUCCCGGUUCGCGAAGGAGCAACUCAGACUCUCGGCGUCGGAAUAGAAGAGUCUCAAGAUUCCAACCAACCCACAGAGCCCCUGGAGAAGUAUAAUGUCAUGUUACAUGCUGGCAUGGCAGCAACUAGCAAGAACGGCAAUGUCGAGGUGUUCAGUCUACCAUUUAUCAAAAAGUAUAUUCAAUAUGCAAAGACUAGAAUCAAGCCUGACUUGACCAAGGGGGCUGCAGAUCAUAUUAUUGCCACUUAUUCUGCGCUUCGAAAUGACGACCUCACUGGUAACCAAAGGAAGACGUCUCCCAUGACUGCCCGUACACUCGAAACACUGAUUCGUUUAUCCACUGCUCACGCCAAAGCUCGUUUGUCGAAUCGUGUGGAGGAGAAAGAUGCCAAAGAAGCCGAAGCUAUUCUACGAUUUGCUUUGUUCAAGGAAGUCGUUGAAGAUUCAAGAAAGAAGCGGCGCAAGGUGACCACCUUCGACUCCGACGAAGACUCAGAUGACGACUCAGAAGACGAGAGCGAGGAACCCUCAGAAUCUGCUUCAAGCAGACAACCCGGCAGGCGAGGCGGUCUCAGAUCUACUGGAACAGUUGACGAUUCAGCCCCCCUUGAGUCUGAAGCUCCUGAAAGCAGCUACAGAGAACAGCGACAAUCUAGCCGAGCCACACGACAGACACAUACUGAAUCCCAGAUGUCCGUUGCCUCGUCUCUUCCUGCUUCCCAGCUUCUCCAGUCGCAGACAGAUUCUCAGGCUAGCUCGGUUGCGCCCAUUCAACCGGCCCGACUAACCAUCUUCCGUCAAACUCUCGGACCCCUGAUGGGUCAAGUAUUCGCCAACGAAGACAGUGCGGAUCUGGAAGCCCUUAUUGGUGCAAUCAAUACCGCUAUCAGGGCAAACCAAAGCCUGGGUGAGCGUAACGUCUUCCAGAGGCAAGAAGCUAUCCAGGCUUUGAAGGCAAUGAAUGAGAGAAACGAGUUAAUGUUCCUUGAGGAAGACGAUACGGUCUACAGAAUCUAA